AUGGAUACUUUAGUAUUCCUUGAGGGACGAGUAGCUCCAGGUCUUAAUGGCGGAGCUGCUCCACCCCCGCCGGGAGUCAUCCCCAACUUCGAGAACCCUCCUGACGCUGGCCGCAUUGCCACUAUCGCUGUCUUCGCGGUGUGCUACCCCCUGUCGACGGCUCUGUUUGCCACACGCAUCUACUCCAAGAUUGUGAUUAUCCGACAGUUGGUCCUGGAGGAUGUAAUUCGCCAUGGAAUAGGCUACCAUACGUGGGAUGUGGCUCCGGAUGAAUAUGCUGAGAUGCUUAAGUGGGUAUACAUUACUUCGAUACUAUAUGAACCCGCAGCCUAUUUUACAAAGGUAACGCUCUUACUAUUACUUGCCCGAGUGUUCGCUGUGAACACGAGGGUAUCUAAAGGUAUUCACUACUUCAACGUGGCCCUCUUGAUUGCAUAUAUUCCUCUCCUUGCUGUUAAGAUUGCGCUUUGUCAGCCAAUCCCGGGUUUUUGGAGGCAAGAUGUCGAAGGAAAAUGUCUCGACCUUCGUGAAAUUCUCAUUAUUGAUGUCGCAUUUGCGAUAGCGACAGACACACUGAUAUUCACCAUCCCGAUCCCACUCAUAUGGCAACUGCGAACACCAUGGACUAAGAAGAUAAAAUUUGUCCUUCUUCUCGGGGCCGGAGGGGCCGCAACCGCCUUUACUGUUUACCGGCUGGUUCUUCUGAAUAAUGGCAGGGAUGUAGCUGCGGAUUUUGCUAUGCUUGACCUCUUAACGAUGCUUGAGCUUACAAUUGGGCUUGUUUGCUCAUGCCUCCCCGCUGUUAACAUCUUGAUUGAUCGGAUACGUAAGCCCCCCCGGCCCCGGCCUGCGAACAGGCCACGCACCGGCCGUUUCAACCGAGGAGAAAACGGUAAACGAAUUCCAUUUACUUGGAACUGGAUUGAGGUGACUCUGCCAGACGAACAGUCACAGUCUGGGCGGAGUGAGAGGCAACUGAAUUCCACAGAAGAUAGAGGAUUAUCCAUACGUAAUGCCACGACAGUAGAAUCACAAACAGAGAGGACUCCAACAUACUCGAACGCUGAGGAGACUCAAGAGCGAGUUGAAUUCAACGAUUCCGAGAAUAUCUUGCAUCAAGGAGGCGACGACAACAUGCCAUCGAAUGGCGGUUGUUCUCCCUGUGGUGAUAAUUCCGCCUGUCACGGACACCGUGAAGGGUGGCUUUGUUCGUGCGCACACAGGGAUCGGGAUCGAGAUCGGGAACGAGGUAUAUCAAACCAACAGGAGGAAACUCCAAUAUCGCUCGGCCGCAAUAGCGAAGGCGAGAAAUCGAGAGCCGUUUCUUCCAAACUUGCUGACAUCAGUGGGCAGAGACAGUGGGAUUAUAUUUUCGACGGCAGGAGCAACUCCCAUCCUCCUAUAAAGCGGACCUAG